ACACAUAUACAUAAAACACAAUCCGUCAGUUCAGUUGAUUUUUUUUUCUCUGUCCAACGAAACAAAUAAAAAAUCAUUAUCAAAUUUGCUUGUAAUCAUGGCACUUGCUGAUGUUUGUGGUAUAAGUAAAUUUUGUAAUUUUACUAAAACUGAUGAAAGUGAAAAUUUAGAUCAUGAAAUUCAUAAAUACAGUCAAAAUUUAUAUAACAACAUGGAAUUGGCCAGAGUACCAUUUGCCGAUCCAGCAGCAGGUUUAGCACACUUGGCAGGUGCUCCAGAUGAUAAUGGUAAACAUCUUAAAAUUAAUUUUGAUCAUGGUACAACAACACUUGGAUUUCGUUAUCAAGGAGGUGUCAUUCUUGCUGUUGAUUCACGAGCAACUGGCGGUCAAUAUAUUGGCUCUGGAACAAUGAAAAAAAUUGUUGAAAUAAAUGAUUAUCUAUUGGGUACACUUGCUGGUGGUGCUGCUGAUUGUGUUUAUUGGGAUCGUGUUCUUGCUAAACAAUGCAGAAUGUAUGAAUUGAGAAACCGUGAACGUAUAUCUGUUGCUGCUGCAAGUAAACUUAUGUCAAAUAUGGUUUACAAUUACAAAGGAAUGGGUCUUUCAAUGGGUAUGAUGAUUGCUGGUUGGGACAAACGUGGACCUGGUCUUUAUUAUGUUGAUUCAGAAGGUACAAGAACACCAGGAAAAGUAUUUAGUGUUGGUUCUGGAUCUGUAUUUGCUUUUGGUGUUCUUGAUUCUGGUUAUCAUUGGGAUCUUACUGAUGAGGAAGCUUGUGAACUUGGUAGAAGAUCAAUUUAUCAUGCUACUCACAGAGAUGCCUACUCUGGUGGAAUUGUCAGAGUUUAUCACAUGAAAGAAACUGGCUGGGUUCGUAUUUCAGAUCAAGACUGCAAAGAUCUUCAUUAUGCUUACAAAGAACAAGCAGCAAAUGCAGCACAUUAAAUUAAAAUAACUAUUGAUUGUAUUUUUAAAAAACAAUUUUCUUUUUUCCACUUAAUAAUCAUCUUUGAAAUUUCGUAUGUAAUGAUACAAAGUUUAAUAAAAAAAAUAAACUAUAUAUUU